AUGGCAGCGCAAGGAUUCUCCAGAAAAAGACCGGCUCCUGGGGCGGACCCGGUUCCUUUUGUGACACCUAUGCCCGCUCCUCUGCCGGGCUUCAAUGAUGGACUAGGUCCAAGUCUUUCAAACGAAGACUUCUUCCAAUGGGGCCAGACCGGUCAGGCCGGCGUUCCAUACAAUGAUGCCAACUAUGCAAUGAACGGCGGUGCCUUUCCCCAGACCAUGCCACAGCCUCAAGUGCAACCGCAAAUCCAGCCGCAAAUCCAGCCGCAGCCGCAGCCGUCAAUGCAGGUGCAGGUGCAGCCACAACCGUCAAACCAACUUGCUCGCAGACCGAUAGCCCAACUGGCCACUCAUCGAGGUCGGGUUAGCGAAGACAGUACGACCUGGAAUGAGGGUCUGAACGGAAUUCCCACUGCUACAGAAGCGGACUGGCCAGAUGAUGACAUUGCGGAACUCGAGGCCAGAGCACAAAUAGCCAAGCGAGAAGCGCAAGCAAAGAGAAAACAAAUCCCUCCAUUUGUCCAAAAGCUCAACAGCUUUCUCGAGGAUGGCAAAAACACCGAUCUCAUCCGGUGGUCUGAUGAUGGCAAUUCAUUCAUUGUUCUUGACGAAGAUGAAUUUGCCAAAACUCUAAUUCCCGAGUUAUUCAAACACAACAACUACGCUUCCUUUGUCCGCCAGCUCAACAUGUAUGGGUUCCACAAGAAGGUGGGCCUCUCCGAUAACUCGAUGAGGGCCAGUGAGAGAAAGAACAAAAGUCCGAGUGAAUAUUCCAAUCCCUACUUCCGCCGGGGUCAUCCGGAUCUUCUGUGGUUGAUUCAAAAGCCCAAGAACGUCACCGGGCCAUCCUCGAAGAGAAAGGGCAAGACGGAGAAUGAUCAGGCGGAAGAAGAUGUCGAAGAAUACACUGAUGAUGCGGCUAACAACGGAGAGAACCGCGUUCGUCCUCGCCCGGGUCAGCUCAUGUUGAGAAAUCCCGAAACGUCUCUCACGCAAGAGCAAUUCAAGAGUGUGCAGCGAGAGCUGGCGACCAUUCGACACCAACAAGCUCAAAUCUCCCGCAUGAUGCAAGCCCUCAAGCGUGAGCACGAACAACUGUAUGGUCAAGCUGCAACGUUCCAGGAGCAGCAUAAUCGACACGAGAACUCGAUCAAUGCGAUCUUGACCUUCCUCGCUACGGUCUACAACCGCGGUAUCCAGGGCCAUGAUGGGAUGCAAGGUAUUGCAAGUCUCUUCACCAAUGCCAUCCCCGUAGAUGGCGCGAGCCAAGGAAACGUUGUCGAUGUGGGAGACUAUGCUUUUAACGAUGGCAAUCUUGAUGGGGACUUGCAGAAGCCGUUUAAGAAGCAGCCUCUACUACUCACAAACGGAAACGGACGCCAAGGUCGGGCAAGCACAUUAUCUCCUCGUUCCGCCCACAGCCCAUACCCACCAUCCCAGGUACAGCCAAUCCCAAACAGCCAACAAGCCUCAGUUACCCCGAGCGUGGAAGAAGUCUUUGACACCGGUGUCAACCAGCCUACCCCCCUUAGCUCUAGAAAGGCCUCGGCGCAAGGCCGUGACAUGAUGUCCCUGAUCCAAAACGCCAACGCACGCAACAACGCCACCAGUGCCGGGGGUUCUCCUACUACUCCAGCACAAGACUUCUCCAACGUCCUCAACAGCCUCGAAUCAUCCAGUGGAUCAGGACCCCUGACCACGUCUCAACGAGCUGACGUCCUGAAGAUGAUCAACAACUCAACCAACCAGCCACCGGGGAAGGACAAUGCUUUGAUCAACUCGACACCGCCUUCAGGGCCUGUCAACUUCCAUCGCCGCCUGGAAAGCACCCAAGCCGACCUCGAGCAACUGGCGAAACUGCAAGCCGAGCAAGACAAGAGCGUACAGAACUUGAGGAAUCUUCUGCAGCCACUCAGCCCGAGCGGUUCCAUUCCAGGCAUAGGAGAUGGCCAGUCUGUGCCCGCGGCGCCCCUGGACAUUGACGACUUUCUAAACAACAAUGAUUAUUUCACCGACUUUCCCAGUGACAACAUGGGCAACUACGAGUUUGGCAACACCGGACUAGGUCCUGGAAACAAUACAGGCACACCCGACGACCUCAACUUUGUCGAUUACAAGGACGAUGACGAACUGUUUACGAACCUCAACCAGAAUCCCACCGUUCAGGGUGGGCAAACAAAUAACUACGACUUCGGAAUGGACGGCACCGUAGGCGGAGUUGGCGGAGGCGAUCAAUACCCCAAUCUGAAGUACGACAAUGGGAGUGACUAUGAGCGCGAUGGUGGUGGCCGAGUUGAGAGCGUGCCGAGCAGCGAGAUGACCACGCCGAGAUCGGCAGACGAUGCCAAAGUCGAUGGACCUACCACGCGCAGCAAGGGAAGGAAAUUGAGCUCGGUUGAAGAAGACAAUGAUCAUGAUACCGGUCGCAAACGAGCUCGUGCUUGA